AUGUCGACAGCCAAGCUCCUCCCCCGCCGCCCCGCUGCUGCUGCCGCCGCCGCUGCCUCCUCCGCACGGCUAUUCUCCAGCAGCAGCUACCGCCUCUCCUCGACCUACGCGCACCUCUCGCAUGAGCUCCCCGCGCGCCGCCUGCCUCCCAUCUACAGCGACCUGGCGCCGGGCAACUCGCACACGCUCGGCAUCUCGCUGUCGUCCUUCCUGCCCGCGAGCUGGACGACGUCCAGCGCCACCACUGCGCUACCUGCCAACGCCCUCGGGGCCCCGGCCCUGCCUCGCGCGUCGCCGACACUCGAGCUGCCGCCCGCGCACCACCUCGUCUACUUCAACCCCGUCAUCCCCGCCGACAAGCUCCUGCCCGACGGCACGGACCCGCUGCAGAGCCCCGGCGCGCCGUUCGUGCGCCGCAUGUGGGCGGGCGGGUACGUGCGGUUCGCGGGGGGCGAGGGCGAGAAGAAGGAGGGCCCGGUGGUGCUGGAUGGGCAGAGGUGGGUGUGCGUGGAGGGCAUAAGGGACGUCGCGGUGAAGGGCAAGGAAGGCGAGGAGAAGGUGUUCGUGGGGAUCGAGAGGCGGAUUGGCCGGGCGCUGGAAGGAGAGGGCGGCGAGCAUGGUGGUGCGGAGGAGGAGGAGAGGGUCCGGCGCAGGCUGUGGACGGAGAGAGAGGAGGAUUGGGGCGAGGCGAGUCUGGUGGAGAGGAGGAACAUCGUCUUCAUGCGUGAGAGAACGCCGGAGGAGGCGAAGGUCGAAGUGAAGAAGGCAAGGGGGAAGAUGCUGUUUCCCCAGAAUCCCCCCGACUUCACGCAAACUCUCAUGCCCACACCAUCUCUCCUCUUCCGCUACAGUGCUCUCACCUUUAACGCUCACGCCAUUCACCUUGACCCUCACUACUGCCGCACCGUCGAGGGCCACCGCAACCUUCUCUUCCACGGCCCGCUCUCCUUCUCACUGCUGGCCACCCUGCUUCAGAACAACCUUCCCGCUGGCCGCCGCAUCGCGCAGCUCGAGUACCGCAAUCUGGCCCCGCUGUACUGCGAUGAGCCGGUCAAGCUGUGCGGAAGGAAGGCGGACUCCACGAAUGGCAAGGCUAAUAAGGGUGAUAAGUAUGAGGUUUGGGCCGAGACUCCUGAGGGCGGAUUGGCGGUGAAGGGGACUGCAUACACGAUCGCUGCGUAA